ACUUUUCCUCAUAUCAGAGCGAUGUGUGCGGGUGCUUUUGAAUCGACGACUACGGUGCUUUCCUCCGGAGGAGCUGGAAGUAUUAGCGCAAAGAGACAAAGGGUGCCAAAUUAGUCGGUGCUAGCUAACGCGUCCGGUAGAAGGUGGAGAACGUACGACUCACUCACACGUUCGGCAUUUUUCGGAGAUCAUAAGGAGACGGAACAUUGGUAUUAAUUACUGAUGCGCACUAGCAGACCGAAGAAGAGAGGUCUGUCAAAGUACACUGCGGUUUUUAAUAUUGGAUUCAUACUCUCUCCAUUGUCUUCACUGCUUCAAACAAAGACGGAAAUAUGGAGCUCUUGUUUAGAAUAGCCUUGUCCUGUGUGAGUCUCUCAAUGGUAGCAGGAGUGACCAUGAUUCAGUUGUCACUCUUGAGUUAUCAUAAUCCCGCCAGCCGACUGAGUGGAGGGGACUGCUGCGAUGCCGGUGCAUCAGGGGGAUGCAGAGACAAGUGUGAUAACAGGUUCGAGAUUUGCGUCUCUCGUUCGGGGAGUGACGUCGACAUGACAUUGUGCUCUUUCUUCUCGGCGAAUACGACGAAGCUAGUGGACAACUCGGAUGAAAUCACGUUUCCUACUUCCUUACUGAUGCAAGAUGGCAGCAGUCUUCCGAAUCCAUUGACUAUCUCCAUACCUGAUGCAUGGGGAGGUGUUCGAUUCAAGGUGCGCGUCUGGGACGUCGACGUAGUGGGUGAGCAAGAAGUGGAUAUUUUGACGAAAAAUAUCAAUUAUUACCCAGACCCCAACCUUGCGUACACUGUCCAAUGGAGACCCACGCUGUCUGGAACAGGCGAUGGAAAGUUGAAGACAGGAAUGAGAGUCUACUGUGGGGAUGGGUACUUUGGCCCUCGGUGCCAUGUCUACUGUACGGAUAGUGCUACAUACACCUGUGAACCAUUCACGGGUAAGAAGCUCUGUGUACCAGGUUGGGGCGGCAUAGAGUGUGACGAGGACAUAGCUGAAUGUGCAUCAUCCCCGUGCCAGCAAGGAGGUGCAUGCAUCGACCUUGUAAACAGUUACCGUUGCGAAUGUAUUCCAGGGACCUUUGGUACUCUGUGUGAAAACAACCAUAACAACUGUACCAGUGUAGAAUGUCAGAACGGCGGCACUUGCCAAGAUCAACUCAAUGACUUUCAGUGCACCUGUACUGAGAAUUUCCAAGGUCGUUUCUGCGAGAGUCUCUCAAUGGUAGCAGGGGUGACCAUGAUUCAGUUGUCACUCUUGAGUUAUCAUAAUCCCACCAGCCGACUGAGUGGAGGGGACUGCUGCGAUGCCGGUGCAUCAGGGGUAUGCAGAGACAAGUGUGAUAACAGGUUCGAGAUCUGCGUCUCUCGUCCGGGGAGUGACGUCGACAUGACACUGUGCUCCUUCUUCUCGGCGAAUACAACGAAGAUAGUGGACAACUCGGAUCAAAUCACGUUCCCUUCUUCCUUACUGAUGCAAGAUGGCAGCAGUCUUCCGAAUCCACUGACUAUCUCCAUACCUGAUACAUGGGGAGGUGUUCGAUUCAAGGUGCGCGUCUGGGACGUCGACGUAGUGGGUGAGCAAGAAGUGGAUAUUUUGACGAAAAAUAUCAAUUAUUACCCAGACCCCAACCUUGCGUACACCAUCCAAUGGAAACCCAAUCUGUCUGGAACAGGCGAUAGAAAGUUGAAGACAGGAAUGAGAGUCUACUGUGGGGAUGGGUACUUUGGCCCUCGGUGUCAUAUCUACUGUGCGGAUAGUGCUACAUACACCUGUGAACAAUUCACGGGUAAGAAGCUCUGUGUACCAGGUUGGGGCGGCAUAGAGUGUGACGAGGACAUAGCUGAAUGUGCAUCAUCCCCGUGCCAGCAAGGAGGUGCAUGCAUCAACCUUGUAAACAGUUACCGUUGCGAAUGUAUUCCAGGGACCUUUGGUGCUCUGUGUGAAAACAACCAUAACGACUGUACCAGUGUAGAAUGUCAGAACGGCGGCACUUGCCAAGAUCAACUCAAUGACUUUCAGUGCACCUGUACUGAGAAUUUCCAAGGUCGUUUCUGCGAGAGUCUCUCAAUGGUAGCAGGGGUGACCAUGAUUCAGUUGUCACUCUUGAGCUACCAUAAUCCCGCCAGCCGACUGAGUGGAGGGGACUGCUGCGAUGCCGGUGCGUCGGAGGUAUGCAGUGACAAGUGUGAUAACAGGUUCGAGAUCUGCGUCUCUCGUCCGGGGAGUGACGUCGACAUGACACUGUGCUCUUUCUUCUCGGCGAAUACGACGAAGAUAGUGGACAACUCGGAUCAAAUCACGUUUCCUUCUUCCUUACUGAUGCAAGAUGGCAGCAGUCUUCCGAAUCCACUGACUAUCUCCAUACCUGAUGCAUGGGGAGGUGUUCGAUUCAAGGUGCGCGUCUGGGACGUCGACGUAGUGGGUGAGCAAGAAGUGGAUAUUUUGACGAAAAAUAUCAAUUUUUACCCAGACCCCAACCUUGCGUACACUGUCCAAUGGAAACCCAAUCUGUCUGGAACAGGCGAUAGAAAGUUGAAGACAGGAAUGAGAGUCUACUGUGGGGAUGGGUCCUAUGGCCCUCGGUGUCAUGUCUACUGUACGGAUAGUGCUACAUACACCUGUGAACCAUUCACGGGUAAGAAGCUCUGUGUACCAGGUUGGGGCGGCAUAGAGUGUGACGAGGACAUAGCUGAAUGUGCAUCAUCCCCGUGCCAGCAAGGAGGUGCAUGCAUCGACCUUGUAAACAGUUACCGUUGCGAAUGUAUUCCAGGGACCUUUGGUGCUCUGUGUGAAAACAACCAUAACGACUGUACCAGUGUAGAAUGUCAGAACGGCGGCACUUGCCAAGAUCAACUCAAUGACUUUCAGUGCACCUGUACUGAGAAUUUCCAAGGUCGUUUCUGCGAGAGUCUCUCAAUGGUAGCAGGGGUGACCAUGAUUCAGUUGUCACUCUUGAGUUAUCAUAAUCCCACCAGCCGACUGAGUGGAGGGGACUGCUGCGAUGCCGGUGCAUCAGGGGUAUGCAGAGACAAGUGUGAUAACAGGUUCGAGAUCUGCGUCUCUCGUCAGGGGAGUGACGUCGACAUGACACUGUGCUCAUUCUUCUCGGCGAAUACAACGAAGAUAGUGGACAACUCGGAUCAAAUCACGUUUCCUUCUUCCUUACUGAUGCAAGAUGGCAGCAGUCUUCCGAAUCCACUGACUAUCUCCAUACCUGAUACAUGGGGAGGUGUUCGAUUCAAGGUGCGCGUCUGGGACGUCGACGUAGUGGGUGAGCAAGAAGUGGAUAUUUUGACGAAAAAUAUCAAUUAUUACCCAGACCCCAACCUUGCGUACACCAUCCAAUGGAAACCCAAUCUGUCUGGAACAGGCGAUAGAAAGUUGAAGACAGGAAUGAGAGUCUACUGUGGGGAUGGGUACUUUGGCCCUCGGUGUCAUAUCUACUGUGCGGAUAGUGCUACAUACACCUGUGAACAAUUCACGGGUAAGAAGCUCUGUGUACCAGGUUGGGGCGGCAUAGAGUGUGACGAGGACAGAGCUGAAUGUGCAUCAUCCCCGUGCCAGCAAGGAGGUGCAUGCAUCGACCUUGUAAACAGUUACCGUUGCGAAUGUAUUCCAGGGACCUUUGGUGCUCUGUGUGAAAACAACCAUAACGACUGUACCAGUGUAGAAUGUCAGAACGGCGGCACUUGCCAAGAUCAACUCAAUGACUUUCAGUGCACCUGUACUGAGAAUUUCCAAGGUCGUUUCUGCGAGGUCCUGCGAGGAAAAUAGAUGUGCAGUUCUGGCUUAUAAUCUGAAAUUGUUGUUUCGUGUACUGUACAUGCAUUUUUUUUUGGAAAAACAUGUUGAUAUUACCAGAUAGAGGUUAUUUUUGGAUUUUUUGGUUGUGAUUUAAAAUCCC